AUGAAAAAAUUCUGGAUUUUAGCAAUCUUUAUAGUGCUAACUGUGGCAGAGGAAGACAAUCCGUGCAUAGGAAACGAAGGAGUUCGCAGAUUUCCCGAUCCCACCGAUUGUACACGAUUCUUUCUAUGCAUCGGAGAAGAGUCAUUUCCCUCGCAAUGUGGAGUGAAUUUGAUUUUUGACGUCGUCACAGAACACUGCAAUGAAGAACACGUCUCCGUGUGCAUUAAGGAUAUUGAAACUCCUCCAACGCCUUCAGUACCAGGUGACACUACAGUGACACCUCCAGGGGAAGAAACCACCGGAGUCCCAGAGGCGCCCACUCCAGGAGGACCAACAACAAAUGUCCCAGAGGCUCCCACUCCAACACCUGCUCCAGUAACUACUCCAGCACCUGGUCCAGUAACCACUCCUACACUUGCUCCACCAGUGACAACUCCCACUCCAGCGCCAGUAACCACACCUCCGCCAGGUCCGACCCCACACUGUCCCCCGGAUCAGGUAUUUUAUGCACCCCACCCGGACUGCACCAGAUUCUUCCGCUGCGUCUUCGGAACGCUGCACGUGCUCGACUGUCCCCCGAACCAGCACUGGAACCAGGAACGAGAAUUCUGCGAUCAUCCUUUCAAUGUUCAGUGUCCAUCAUCCGCGUAA